AAAUUUCGAAAUUUCCAUAAUUUUUAGUGAGUGGAAAUAUGUUUAGUGGGUGGAAAAUGGAAUUGAUACAGGUUAUCCUGCUCAUAUGGACCAUGUUUUUUAGAAGCUACACUGCCACACCCACUCCGGUCGUCCCUCCGUACGAAAUUUCUCCCCUCAUGAGGCAAGUCGAGCUGAAAAAAUCGCUCUUGUACUACAACAAAGCACCUCUCGACCACCACCGCUCGGAUAACCAGCAGAGAAAGUCGUCCGACAAAAGUCAAACACCCGGGCAGGAUCGAUUUUUCAUAAAGCCAUAUAAAUUCCCAUUUUGGGGUCUACCCUAUGGAAUUUAUAGCAAGGGACCAGGAUUUCCACCAUACGACGGUGUAUUCGGAAGCCCAUGGGGUCCAGGACAAUUUCCUGGCUAUGCUUCCAACCCAUUCACCCAACCAGGAGGUCCACCUCAACCCCCACAACCCGCACCCACAGCAGCCCCUUCUCCGCCAACUCCUAGUUACUCUUCCAGCAGUGGCGACGAUUCGUACGAGUAUUAUUAUGUCAAAAAGAAACCAAAAAAGAGAAAACCACCCCCACCAAAGUACAAGUACCCCUCAUCAUCCUGCUCGUGUCCAUAUGAUGACGACGAUUCUGGAGGAGACGAUUCCGACUGUGCUUGUAAACCACCGAAGGAGGUAGUCGCCAAGCCAAAACCGCGACCCAGUAGGCCCUACAGAAAACCAAAGAAGGAAUCCUCGUCCUCUUAUCAGAGGAGACCGUCAUAUAAUAAAAGACCCUGUAAGUAUGGGUACCGUUCUGGACCGAGUGGAGGAUGCAGACCACCACCAUCUCCUCCGAAAGAGGAUCCCGACUGUGGGAAAAGAUACAGAGGAAAAUGUCCCAAACCGAUGACGAAACCUGCACCAGAACCGUAUGCAGAGGAUGAGGAGUACGAGUCGGAGGAACAUUACGGAUAUGAAACCAGUGGUGACGAUGAUGACGAAGAUGCUGAAAUUGAAACGCACAAAGUAGUACCGCAGUACAUCCCGGUUUAUGUGCCGUAUCCUCCACACGGAGGAGGUGGGUGGGGUCAGGAUCCUCCCACUAGUUCGGGAGACAGUAGUCAUUCAUCGUCCCCCUUAACGAUGCAAUACCAAGCAAUGUCACAGCCACCUCAGCAAUAUCAAUAUACCGUUCCAACUCCAGUGGAAUAUAGUCCACACUACAGUUUGCCAUCAAAACCGGAAAUGACAUCCUACCCAAAUUCUCCUCAACCACCACAACAACCAUCCCCUGCAGAUUCUGUCGAACCUCAGCAGCUCACGAUUCAAUACACGGCCCUCCCCCCAGGAGGAACUUCCCCCCAACAACAGCCAAAUGUAUUUCAAUACACGCUACAACCACCAGUAAGCUCACCUUCUCAAAGUACUGGGCGUUCUGCAUCACCCUAUACAAUUCAAUACACGGCACACCCACUCCCUGAACCACAACAGCCCACAACAUAUGCAAAUAAUAAUGAUAAUAAGGACUUGGCCACUUCCUCUUCGUCCACAUUUAUGAACACAUUUUCAGUCCCACUACCCCCACAAAUUCAACUGCCUUUCAACGUCUUUCUCAACCAGCAGCACCCUUCCGCAUUUUCAAAUCUCUUCAAUCCGCAGAUGCUUCAUCGCUAUCAGAUUCCACUCCCACAAGUUGCAUCCACCACGUCCGCCCCAAUGAAAGCGGAACAAAAUCUUCUCGCUAUAAACGCAGCAGACCCCUUUAUAGCGAAUCAUUUAAACAAUUACACAGCGUCAAGUUUACAAAAUAAUAAGGCAAUUUCUUCCGAAAAGGAUAAAACUGUUAAAAAUGAGGGGGCGGAGAAAACUAUAGUUUCUGUCUUAACUUCGGUUAGCGAGUCAAAAUAAAGCGUAAACUUGUGUGUGCAUACAUAUUUGCGUAAAAUGAAAUUACAGAUAUGAUCUGCAAGCUGAAUUUGAAUUUAUUUUACAAAUUUUAAAAAAUCUCGAAAGUCGAAUAAUUUUUGAAUUUUUGUCUUAGGGCACGAUAUGUAUAUUUUCUUUUAUGCGACCUAAACAAUUUCAUCUUGGCUUAAUUACCAAUGAUUUAAAUAUAAUUUAUAUUAAAGUUAACUUAUAUUGAAACGCUAAUACCUACUACUGCCAUAUAUUCUGUCUCAAGCAUUCCGCGCGCAAAAAACAUCAGUAGCAGUUACGUUAGCCAGUUGUACUAUUUUUUAUUGAAUUCCCCAUGCAAUUGUCUA